CUAUUCCCGGCCGAACGAAAAGCCCUCUCUUCUUUCCUCACCAGCACGAUGCCAGAAGAAGCCCCACGGCCGCCCCCCACCUUCCAGCGUGCCCUCCUCGUACAUAUCCCCUCUUGCCCCUCGCUCCCCAGCUGACACCCUCUCCAGUCCGGCGCCAUCUCAGGCCUGUCGGUCGACUUCAUGUUCUUCCCCCUCGACACCGUCAAGACACGUAUACAAUCCUCCGCUGGCUUCUGGAACUCGGGGGGAUUCAAGGGGGUCUAUAGAGGUAUAGGUAGUGUAGGAUUGGGAAGCGCGCCAGGAGCGUCUGCAUUCUUUGUCACCUACGAGGCCUUGAAGAAGCAGCUGCCAAAGAUAGAGCUCUUUGCCCACAACUCGUCUCUGACACACAUGGCCGCAGCUUCCGGGGCAGAAUACGUGUCAUGCCUGAUAAGAGUCCCUACAGAAGUCGUCAAGUCACGGACGCAGACGAGUGCGUACGGCGUAGGAAAGAGCAGUAUACACUCUGCCAUGAGUAUCAUGAAGCUGGAAGGUAUCCGAGGUUUCUAUAGAGGAUUCGGUAUCACCCUCACCCGAGAGAUACCUUUCACCUCUAUACAAUUUCCUCUCUACGAAUUCUUCAAAUCCAGACUUUCUCGACACUAUCUUGGCGGAAGACGGCCGACGUCGUAUGAAGCCGCUGCAUGUGGCUCGCUGGCUGGUGGUAUCGCGGCAGCGUCUACAACGCCUUUGGAUGUGGUCAAGACAAGAGUCAUGCUUGAAGCUAGGACGGCAGCAGCAGCGUCCACUCCCGCCGCACCUCUCGCGCCGGGCACCACCCUCCCCCAGUACCCCUCCCCGUCCGUCCUUUCCUUCCCCCCACGCCUGCUCGGAAUACUCCGGAACGAAGGACCCGCUGCGCUCUUCUCUGGAUGGGUACCGCGUACGAUGGCGAUAUCUAUGGGCGGAGCUGUGUUUUUGGGCAUCUAUGAUCUGGCUAGUAGUCUGGGGGCGGAGACAGUCAACCAGCCAAAGCUUGUGUGAGGGGUGUACAGGUAUAAGCCUGAAUGUUGCAUUGCAUAGUGGGCAUGAAAUAAAACAUGAAAGCAUAAGA